AUGAGGUUAUCACGAUGGACAACACGACUGGCAGCACUGGCGACAACAGAGACGGCUUUCGCCUUGAGCCCAACUCCGACUUCAACCGGCACCAAGACCAUGGUCCCCACCGCCGCUUACGUGCCCGGCGGUGCGCAAUUACAACUAUUCAGACGUCAGGAUUGCCCGGCUGGCACUUCCAAAUGUUCGGAUUCGCUAGGGACGUCGUUUGAUGGAAUUUGUUGCGCCACGGGACAGGUGUGCGAACUAGACGACAACAACCGGCCAGCUUGCUGUCCAUCUGGGGCUGUUUGUACCGGCUCAGCUCCGACGACGGCACCGACUGUCACGGCAGUUUCAUAUGUCCCUAAUGCUUACUUUCCAUUCCCAUACAUAGCGACAUCACUCGACCGCGGCGAGUGCUCAUCAGCCCUUAGCCAAUGUUCCCGGAAUUACCAGAGUUGCGUCACUCAAUUGGACGGCAACGCGGGCUUUGGUGUUACUGUGAUAGUUCCCGGCGGGGGUGGCACCACUGUCGCCGCAACCCAGCCGGACGUUGGAACAUCGGCGACCCCCAUUUGUUCCAGUCUUAGCUCCCAGGCAUGCUACGGCUUGUCUAAUGACCAGUGUGCUCAAUCGACAACGGUGAACGGCGUCGUCAUUAACGUCGCAGCACGUCCAACAGCGGCCUGUGUGGCUAAACUCGCUGCGGGCUUGGGAAUCGCUGUCUUCGGUGCCAUGCGAUGA